AUGGAAGUAGAAUUGAUGGUACCGGCGACUCCGGCGUCGCUGUACGUGGGGGACCUGCAGCAGGAUGUGACGGAUGGGCAGUUGUUUGAUGCAUUUUCGGAGUUUAAGAGUCUGGCAUCCGUACGCGUCUGCCGUGACUCCUCCACCGGCCGCUCUCUCUGUUAUGGCUACGUCAACUUCAUCUCCCCACAAGAUGCUCUCCACGCUAUUGAAGUGAAAAAUCAUUCUACCUUGAAUGGGAAAGUGAUAAGGGUUAUGUGGUCGCAUCGUGAUCCAGAUGCAAGAAGAAGUGGGAUUGGGAAUGUGUUUGUCAAGAAUUUAAGUGACUCUAUUGAUAGUGUGAAUGUUCAAGAAAUGUUUCAGAAGUUUGGUAAUGUAUUAUCUUGUAAAGUUGUCACAUCUGAUGAUGGCAAAAGCAAAGGAUAUGGCUUUGUCCAGCUUGAGAGUGAAAACUCUGCAAAUGCAGCCAUUGAGAACCUUAAUGGGUCCAUCGUUGGAGACAAACAGAUUUAUGUCGGCAAGUUUGUGAAGAAGAGUGACAGGACUGUAACCAAUCCUGAAGCAAAGUACACAAAUCUUUACAUGAAGAAUUUGGAUCCAGAUGUCACCGAAGAAAUCCUUUUGGGGAAGUUCUCUGCAUAUGGAAAAAUUAUAAGCUUAGCCAUCUUAAAAGAUGAGAAUGGAGCAUCAAGAGGCUUUGGAUUUGUCAACUUCGAGAACCCGGAUGAUGCCAAACUUGCAUUGGAAGCUUUCCAUGGAACACAACUUGGCUCAAAGGUUUUAUAUGUGGCCCGGGCACAAAAGAAGAAAGAACGAGAAGAAAUGCUACGUUGUCAGUUUGAGGAGAAAAGGAGGGAGAAAAUCUUGAAAUACCAGGCUUCAAAUGUGUAUGUGAAGAACAUUGAUGAUGACGUAACUGAUGAUGAGCUACGGGACCACUUUAGUCAGUGUGGUACAAUUACUUCUGCGAAGCUUAUGCGAGAUGAUAAAGGAAUGAGCAAGGGGUUUGGAUUUGUUUGUUUCUCCAUGCCUGAGGAGGCGAUUAAAGCAGUGAACACAUUUCAUGGUUUCAUGUUGCAUCGGAAGCCAUUGUAUGCAGCUAUUGCUCAGAGGAAAGAACAGAGACAAGCUCAGCUACAACUACAAUAUGCGCACCGUAUUGCAGGGUUGGUAGGACCUUCGGCUGUUAUUCCUGGCGGUUAUCCUACUCUUUACUACCCGUCUUCUGGUGUUGUUUCACAAGUUCCUGCACAACCUGGUUUGAUGUAUCAACCUCUGGGGAUGAGACCAGGAUGGAGGGCAAAUGGCUUUGCAGAUCCUUCCAGGCCUGCUUUUCAAACAUCUCCAGUUCCCUUGAUUUCUAAUAAUCCAAGACCUAAUAGACAAAACAGGGGUAGGAUGAAUGGGCAUGUGCUACCUGGCGUUCCCACAUAUCCUUCAAGUUUGCAACAACCAACCCAAUCUAUGGUAUUACCAAAAGAUUCAAGCAAGCACCAGCAUGCUGGGCAUGUCAAUUAUGUUCCAAAUGGGCGUUCACAUGAGAUGAGCAAAGGAUCUCCUGUUCCCAUUGCUGAUGGAUCUGGUGCUGAGGGAUCAGAGAUGUUAAGUAGCCAGCUUGCUGCAGCUCCUCCAGAGCAGCAAAAACAGAUGCUUGGAGAGCGUCUAUAUCCCCUCGUCAGUCAACAUAAGCCUGAUCUUGCUGCAAAGAUAACGGGUAUGCUUUUGGAGAUGGACAAUUCAGAACUACUACUAUUAUUAGAGUCACCGGAAUCACUAGCUGCCAAGGUGGAAGAAGCAGUUCAGGUUCUCGAGCUCUCAAAUGCCAAAUUGUCAAGCCAAGAUGCAAUUCAUUCAAAUUACCUUUCUGCCCAAGUUGCAGUCAUCUGA